AUGACUCAACAACCAUUCCUGCAUUGGGGGCUUCCCUACCACAGGGAACCCCCCGCUGCGCGCCGCGAGGGCUACGAUCACGGACAUCUACAAUCGCACGGCGCGACGCACGCGGCCGUGUACACACACCGCCAUACGCACGAACACACACACAUAGACACGCAUCAGACGCAGUGUAAAGGCGAAGGCGAAGACACAACAGAAUACAGAGACUACAUGCAAAGAUGCAGUAGUUAUGGCAAGUGCUCCGAGGAACCAGAAACAUCUGAGACUAGGGAAGAGACCGUCACCAGCAGCGCCGAACCCUGGGGAGACAGACUGGUGAGCAGUUCCCAUUGCAGCGUGGGUACGUCCCGAACUGACGCUGCGUCGCCUCACCAACAUGUAACUACGACACAUGCAGGGUCGUCUGGUGGACGAAGAGGCGCUCUACAAUUAUGGCAGUUCCUCGUGUCGUUACUGGCUGAAGGAGCGCGAUGUGUCGCCUGGACCGGCAGAGGCCUGGAGUUCAAGCUGCAUGAACCAGAAGAGGUUGCAAGACGAUGGGGCGCGCAGAAGAACAGACCAGCAAUGAACUACGACAAACUCUCCCGUUCGCUCCGAUAUUAUUACGAGAAGGGCAUCAUGCAGAAAGUCGCAGGUGAACGCUACGUCUAUAAAUUCGUAUGCGACCCAGAAGCUCUAUUCAGUAUGGCUCGUCCCCCCACUUACGAUGUCAUCUCCCAGCUCUACUACCCGCCCUACAUCCCGGGUAGCGCACCGCCCGCCCCCAGCACCAGCAUACCCACCACCAGUGACUACCAGCGGCGGUUCUACCCCGAUAGUCAUUACGAAUCGUAA